AUGAAAAAUCGUUUAAAUAAAUUAGAAAAACGGCAAAAAUUUGGAGAAUUAGUUGAUUUAUGGUCUUCUACUGGCCCUCAAAAAAUGUUUUCUUCAAAAAUAAAAAAAUCUUCAAUAAAUUUUAACAAAAAUCUUUCCAAAGAUUUUGACGGGAUAAUUGAAGAAAUGAAACAAAAAGAAAAUAAAAAUGCUUUUCUUUCAAAUUAUUUUUUAUUUGAAGCUUUAAUUUACAAAUUUGGUAAUUCAAAUAAACACCAAAAAUUUUGGAAAAUUUCUUUGAAAAUAUAUAGAGAAUUGAAGAGGUUAUUAAAUGAAGAUAUUUUGUGUUAUUUUGACAAAUUUAAUGAGAAACUAAAAAAUAGUCAAUUUAUUUAUUCACCAUUAAAACAAACAAUUUGCUUUUUUGGAGCUAUUUUAUUAAAGAGAAUGUUUAAAUUGGAUAAAUUACGUUUAAUUUGUGCGAAUUCUGUUGAUUGUUCUAUGGGAUAUGUUGAAUUGGGAUUUUUUUUAACUUUCAAUUUAAUGUUAAUUGCAAUUAUUUCUGAUGUUGCUAAAGAAGCAAAUAAACAAAUAAUUAUUUUGGCUAAUAUUUAUCAAAAAUUGGGGAAUUAUUUUUAUAAAAGUUCUAAACAGCGUUUACCUCCAAUUAUUAAUUUUAAUUUAUUCGAGUCAAUAAAUAAAGAAUCAAAUAAAAAAUUAUAUAAUAGAGAUUUGGCAUUAAUAUUUAAUGAAAUUGAAGGAGAAGCAAAUAGAAGGAGUGAAUUGGAAUUAGAAAGAGUAGAAGGACUUGAAUAA